AUGAAGCAGCAUUAUGGUGGGGAAAAGCAGCGGCAUGCAGCAUUAUCCUGGGUAAAGCAGCAGCUUGAAGCAGCAUUAUCCUGGGUAAAGCAGCAGCUUGAAGCAGCAUUAUCCUGGGUAAAGCAGCAGCUUCAAGCAGCAUUAUCCUGGGUAAAGCAGCAGCUUGAAGCAGCAUUAUCCUGGUGCCGUCGCAGGAACUAUCAGAACGAGGAUGAAGACAAGGAUGCAAGAAGGAACGAGGAUGAAGACAAGGAUGCAAGAAGGAACGAGGAUGAAGACAAGGAUGCAAGAAGGAACGAGGAUGAAGACAAGGAUGCAAGAAGGAACGAGGAUGUAGACAAGGAUGCAAGAAGGAACGAGGAUGAAGACAAGGAUGCAAGAAGGAACGAGGAUGAAGACAAGGAUGCAAGAAGGAACGAGGAUGAAGACAAGGAUGCAAGAAGGAACGAGGAUGAAGACAAGGAUGCAAGAAGGAACGAGGAUGAAGACAAGGAUGCAAGAAGGAACGAGGAUGAAGACAAGGAUGCAAGAAGGAACGAGGAUGAAGACAAGGAUGCAAGAAGAAACGAGGAUGAAGACAAGGAUGCAAGCAGGAACGAGGAUGAAGACAAGGAUGCAAGAAGGAACGAGGAUGAAGACAAGGAUGCAAGCAGGAACGAGGAUGAAGACAAGGAUGCAAGAAGGAACGAGGAUGAAGACAAGGAUGAAAGAAGGAACGAGGAUGAAGACAAGGAUGCAAGCAGGAACGAGGAUGAAGACAAGGAUGCAAGAAGGAACGAGGAUGAAGACAAGGAUGCAAGAAGGAACGAGGAUGAAGACAAGGAUGCAAGAAGGAACGAGGAUGAAGACAAGGAUGCAAGAAGGAACGAGGAUGAAGACAAGGAUGCAAGAAGGAACGAGGAUGAAGACAAGGAUGCAAGAAGGAACGAGGAUGAAGACAAGGAUGCAAGAAGGAACGAGGAUGAAGACAAGGAUGCAAGAAGGAACGAGGAUGAAGACAAGGAUGCAAGAAGGAACGAGGAUGAAGACAAGGAUGCAAGAAGGAACGAGGAUGCCAGCUUCCUUCAUGACCCAGCAGAUGGAAGGAAAGUGACCAUGGGACCGCAGAAAGUAUCCAUGGGACCACAGAAAGUGGCCAUGGGACCGCAGAAAGUGACCAUGGGACCACACAAAGUGACCAUAGAAAGUGACCAUGGGACCGCAGAAAGUGACCAUGGGAUCGCAGAAAGUGUCCAUGGGACCACAGAAAAUAUCCAUGGGAGCAGAGAAAGUGACCUUGCGACUGCAGAAAGUGACCAUGGGAUCGCAGAAAGUGUCCAUGGGACCACAGAAAAUAUCCAUGGGAGCAGAGAAAGUGACCUUGCGACCGCAGAAAGUGACCUUAAGACCCCAGGAAAUGACCAUGGGACCACAUAA